AUGACUUCUCCAGUUACCAAGGUCGAAUUUCAUUAUUCUCCCCCGAUUCCAAGGGAAGAUGGCCACAUUUACCACAUGCCCAAUUUCCCAACCGGAUUGGGCGCCGAGAAUCUAGCCAGAGCUAGAAACACAGAAGUACCCAGCUUAUUGAACGACGCCAUCGGGUACUUGACAGCAGAGGAAGAUCGAUCGAUCCAAAUGACUCGAGUUCCGCCUAAUCAGAAAGUAUUCGUCAACAAAGACGAGAACGCCGUAUUUACAGCUCAACAGGUUGACUCUAAAAUGAUAAAAGAGGAGCUUCCCAGCUGGGUUAUGCCUGAAAUACUAAAGCUGCGAGAGUUGUUUCUCCGUCGUGGAGAAGGGAAUGACUCUGAUAAGAGUAGAUUUGAACAGAUCCUCAGAGCUGGAAAGCAAGGAAAGGAUCGCGUUUACCCGAUGGCAUGGUCCAUUCCCCCUCAAGGGGAUAGCGUGGGUGUGGCCACAACUUUAAAAGGUCACAUUGAGCAUUGUGAUGAGCUUGCGGCAGCCACGCGAAUGAUAUCAAAAAUUGGACAAGCGAUAAUUCGAUACGUUACUCCUGCCGAAGAACUCAGAGUGGUCGAGCUGCAGUCUGAAAUCGAUGCAGCAUUCACAAUGGGCGAUGAAGAAAAUAGAAAUUUCUCAUCUAUACAGGUCAACUAUGCCAAUGUAAACACGGUUGCUCUGUCAGUUGAGAUGGGCAAGUCUGGAUCGCUGCAUAUAGACGCCAAGGAUGAUCCCGCACGAAUGUCGGUUCUCUUAAAUAUCUCCAACAUUCCAGAGGGCUGCUGGCCUCCAGUAUUCACGAUACUUUCGCUCCGCGACUACUGGGUAUUUGCACCAUGUGAUGCUAUUGUCUUCAGAGCAAAGCAUCCUCAUCUCAGCACUGGCCCUAGGAUGAUGGGAGAUUCAAAGAGGAAACCUUAUAUCUCACUCCCGGAUUGGCUUGGAUGGACCCAAAGCUUUACAUUUGGUCUAGACUAA